AUGAAAUUUCUAUUGAUCUUCAGCUUCUUUACCUGGAGCACUGCUUUGCGGCGCAAGACCACCCUGGGUCGAAAAGAGGUCUUUGUGCACCUCUUUGAAUGGUCCUGGGAGGACGUGGCCAAGGAGUGUGAGAAUUGGCUGGGCCCCAAAGGCUACGAUGCUGCGCAGGUGUCGCCACCGACCGAGCAUAUUCAAGGCAGCCCCUGGUGGACCCGCUACCAACCCGUGACCUACAACCUCACAUCUCGUUCGGGAGAUGAAGAAGCUUUCGCAUCCAUGGUGCAACGCUGUCAAAGAUCCGGCGUGAAGAUCUAUGUGGAUGCUGUGUUGAACCAUUGUGCGGCGAGUAGCGGGACAAGCAUCGCUGGGAGUUCCUAUGGGGGUCGUCGAACGCCAAUCUUCGAGCCUCAAGAUUUUCAUCACAAUAGUAAUGAUGUGACCAGCAAUUGUGGCGUCAGCAACUUUGCGGACAUGCACAAUGUGCAGUACUGCGAUUUGCAGGGACUGCCGGACCUGUGCACUGGUUGCCCUAGUGUGCAGGAUAAGAUGGCUUCCUACUUGAGCCAUUUGCAGGAUUUAGGCGUGGCGGGCGUGCGAUUGGAUGCUGCCAAGCACAUUCCAAAGGAGGAUUUAGCAAACAUCUUUGCGAAAGUGAAGGGCGGAGCCUCAUCACUCUUUAAAUACGUGGAGGUCUCCAAAGCGAGUAGCAAGGAUGUUGUUUCAGAGGAUUUGUAUGUGGACGUCGCUGAUGUCACUGAAUUCAACUAUUACUUGCAACUGGAUCCCUUGAUAGCGGAGACUGGCCAGAUGUUCAACUUGGAGUCUUUUGGACAGGGCGGACUCCUAUCUGGUCAGAAGACCAUUGUCUUCGUUGACAACCAUGAUACCCAGCGAUCUCAGGACGUGAAUGCAGCGAAGCUGACCUACAAGUCCGGGAGGCUGUAUUUGUUGGCCACAGCUUUCAUGCUGGCUCAUCCGUAUGGCUAUCCACAGGUGAUGAGUUCCUUCCACUUCACGGAAUUCGAUCAAGGUCCACCAAGCAUCCCUGUGCAUAGUGACACAGGGGAUGUGCAUUGUGGCGAGUUCCAGCCCUGGGUUUGUGAGCACAGGUGGGUUGGAAUUGCCAACAUGGUGGCCUGGCGCAAGAUCGCGGCGGAUCGCCCUGUGACGCAUUUCACGGCCUUCGGUGAGGACACCAUCUCCUUUUGCCGAGGUGAGGUGGCUUGUAUUGCCUUUAAUCGCCAAGAAGCAGAUGAUUGGGAAAUUGAGCUGACCUUCCCCUUGCCAGCAGGAGAGUAUUGCGACAUUGCGCAGUCGGAUGCUAUGGGCUGUCCCUUGAUCAAGGUCUCUUCUGAUGGACGGACCUUGUUGCGGGUGCCGAACCAGGGCUUUGUGGCGAUUCAUGUGGGAUCCGCGAAGAAGGAAAUGCAGGCAGAUGAUGAAUCAGCACUUGGCGAGGUGCAGUUGCUGCGACCCGUUCCGCAGAAGAGUUCCUACACGAUCAACGCAGAACACAGGAUGUUUGAGCAAACCAUUGGGCAGCGCUGCAUGCAUCGUUUCACCAUGUUCAAUUCUUUUGUAGCUUGCGGCCAUCAUUUGGUGAAUGCACUCGCAGCUGAAAAAGAGGCUAUGAACGACCGAUCACUGGUGCUGACAGCCCUCAGCUGCAGUGGCCUCCGAGUCCUCUGCCACGCUUCCGAGCAGCUGUAUCCUGAUGGCAGGGCAGGCAGGCUGACCUUCAAAGCUGGCAGCGAGGAAAAUGGCCCUUUGAAGCAGCGGUAUGUCGACCUGAUCCAGUUGCACCUCAUUGGCUCGGUCGAUGCGGGCGACGGCCAAUGGAGUAGCCCGGUGGUGGCAGCCCUGCCCACCAGCAGGUUGGGAGAUAUGCAGCAGGAGGAGAUUGCGAAGUUCGUGCCCAUCAACAAAAAUCAAGUGCCUCACUACAGCCACGAAUCCACAGCGACCAAGAUCUAUCAAUGGAUCAUGGAAUACAUGGAAAUCAAAGGCUACUUGAGAUAUACACGCGUGAACGCUCGUAUUCUAUGCUGUGAGCUGCUCAAAGAGUGGGCCUAUGAGAACAGACAUUUGAGUGAUCGAGCUGUAGAUCUGAACGUGGCCUGCAGAUACAAAGCGUUCGUAGGACACUUAUUGUACUUCCACGACCUAUGGGCUGAGUCGGAGUACGGAAAGACGCGCACGAAACUGGUUGGACAGCCACAUGGAAUCGUGAGAAGCAAGAACAAGGAGACCUUUGUCACGGUCUUGGUGAAGGUGCAUGACCAGUUGGCCAAGUUGCAGCAGACCUUAGAGAAGGCAAAGGGCGCCAAAGGGGAGACGGCCAGGGCCUAG